AUGUCACCUUCGGGCUCUGCAGCUGCUGCCGCUGCCGCUUCUGCUGCUGCUGCUGCUGCAACAAAGAAUAAAGAGGUAGUAGCAGCUUAUCAGCAAGCUGCAGCAACCCUUAGACUGAGGUGUACGUACGCCGCAGAAAGCCCUAACAGUCGUCAGACACACAAUAGACAUAAACGUGAAUUCUCCUUAAUAGAAGAAAAAGAAGAAGAAGAAGAAAAAGAAGAGGAAGAAGAAAUUCAUCAACAGGAGGAGGCAGAUCAAGUGCAACAACAGCAGCAGCAAAAGGACGAGCAGCAACAACAACAGCAGGAACAAGAGCAGCAGAAGCAGCAGCAGCAGCAACUGCAGCGAGAAGAGGAAGGAAAGGCUCCUUUCUUCUUUAGAAGAAAAAAGAGGUAA